AUGACGGCAGUAUUUUGCUGUCCUUCGGGCCCUAAGCCUUACCGUCCACAGAUCCUCAGUCACGAACCAAAAUUCGAGGCAUUUCUUCGCUGGAUGCCGGCAGCUCAAGAGGCAUCCACAGAUGGGACCACUGAGGGCAAAAGAAUCCUAUCCGAUGACAGCUCCACAUAUGCCAUCCAAGUGGUUCGGCAAGUCAACUAUGGCCCACUUGAGUCCAAGCGAUACUUCGUUUCUGGAGAUGGCGGAAGAGGAACAAAUUUCUGCGAAAUCACAGAGGGAGAUUUGAUUGAGGCUAAUUUCGAGAAGCUGAAUGCAUAUAAGAAUUUCAAAUGCGACAGCCACAAUAAAUUCUUCGAAUUCAACAUCUACCAGAAGAAUCCAGUGAACAAACACCAUUGGCGUGCCAACAUCGCCCGCCCAGCAGGAGAUAUUGACAUCUAGUCCCGCUAGGUUUGGGUCCUGCGGUUGAAGUUACAUUUCGUUAUGCGGGGCUGAAUACUACAUGGGCUGUCCUUAGUAGUGUAGUUAUCUUUCUUCUAUAAGAAAGCUUGGGAAAACUUCUCUCUUGCCGAUAGGUGAG